UUCAAAAUGGCGUAUUACAUAGACAAAUUUAGGAUACGAUUGAGUGUUUUUGCUGUUGCUAUUUCAUUAGCUUCCUCUCAAUACACACCAAACUGGGAUUCUUUGGAUAAACGCCCACUCCCAGAUUGGUAUGACGAUGCAAAGUUGGGCAUAUUCAUUCAUUGGGGGGUAUUUUCAGUUCCUAGCUUUCGGUCGGAAUGGUUUUGGUGGGACUGGCAGGGGGCGAAGUACAUGGACACUGUUGAGUUUAUGGAAAAAAAUUACCCACCAGGCUUUACAUAUGCAGACUUCGGCAAACAAUUCACAGCUGAAUUCUUCAAUGCCCUAGAGUGGGCACAACUCUUCCAAAAUGCUGGAGCUAAGUACAUAGUUUUUGUCAGCAAGCAUCACGAGGGCUUUACUAACUGGCCUUCCAAGUAUUCAUGGACAUGGAACUCCAAAGACACGGGUCCCAAUAGAGACAUAGUUGGUGAACUUGCUGAUGCCAUCAAGAACCACACUAACCUCCACUUUGGCUUGUAUCAUUCUUUGUUUGAAUGGUUUCAUCCACUAUACCUACAGGAUAAGAACAACAAUUUUACUACUCAAGAUUUUGUUAAUAGUAAAACACUGCCCGAGUUGUACGAACUGGUCAACACUUACAAACCUGAUGUUGUGUGGUCAGAUGGGGACUGGGAGGCCCCAGACAAGUAUUGGAAAUCCACUGAGUUUAUUGCCUGGUUGUAUAACAGCAGCCCAGUUAAGGACACCGUAGUGACAAAUGACAGAUGGGGCCAGUCAGUAAUGUGCCACCAUGGUGGUUUUUACACCUGCACUGACAGGUAUAAUCCAGGUUACCUGGUAUCACAUAAAUGGGAAAAUGCAAUGACAAUAGAUGGCCAAUCCUGGGGCUUCAGGAGAAAUGCUGAUUUGGCUGACAUCCUUUCCAUAGAGGAACUAUUGAAGCAGUUGGUAUCAACUGUAAGCUGUAAUGGAAACAUGCUUAUGAAUGUUGGUCCCACUAGCUAUGGAGAGAUUACUCCAAUUUACCAGGAACGUCUUCUGCAAAUGGGAUCUUGGCUGAAGGUGAAUGGUGAGGCUAUUUAUGGCUCAAGGCCAUGGAAGUUUCAAAAUGACACAUUGACAAGUGGAGUCUGGUACACCCAGAACAAUAAAGUCAGCCCUGCAGUUGUGUAUGCCAUAGCUCUAUCUUGGCCAGACUCAAAUCAGUUAAAUUUGGGAGCCCCAGUUCCAUCUGAGCAGACAGAAGUGUCCCUGGUUGGAUACAAAGGCCCACCAUUCCAAUGGAAGCCGUUGUCACCUACAGGAAUAUCUGUAUUCAUUCCACCCAUCAAUUUCAAUGAUUUGCCUUGCAAGUGGGCGUGGACAUUUAAGAUAACCUACCUUAUGAAUUGAUCAACACUGCUUCUUUGUGGUUUUGUACUUUAUUUUAAGUUAUAAAUGGUUAAAGAAAACUAAUUGUACUAAUUGUGUGUAGGACAGUCAAUAUCUUUAACACAACUACAUUUCAGUUGUUUGGUUUGUUUUUUUAUAUUUAUUCACACUUCAGAUUUUGCUUUGUUUGAUAAUUAUGCAACAGACUUUCCCACUGGGUUACACAGAAUAAUUUGAAUGCUAUUAUAAAAGUGAAGAAAAAUAUUUUAUUAACUCUCUCAGAACAGGAUGCAACAAUUGAUUUGAUAAACUAGUGCAAACAAAUACUUUAUUAGAUAUGUUUUGUUAAACAAAAGCUGGGUUGGUUUUUUUUUCCAACUCAAAUCAUAUGAACAAACUGAUUUUGGGUAGUUGAAACUGAAUUUAAUGGCAUCUAAAUAAAUGUUUUUAUAAUAUAAA